CGUUCUGAUUAUGGAGGCAACAAGCACAUCUGAAACGUCGAUAACUUCUACCAGACUGCACGGCGGCAACAAACCAACAGAUGGUUUUCUUUCAUGUUAUAUAGGACCAAGUGGAAGAGAAAAAAUAGAAAAUUAAGAAAAUGGCAAUACUGUGAAAACAGUAUCUCUGGUAACCAUGCGGCCACAGAAACGCUAGGAAACAUAUGGAAAUUACGUAGGGGUUUUUGUUCGAAUAUGAAAUUGCUUUCCUGGGGGGCUAAUACAUACAGUCAACUGGGACAAGGCUUCAAGUCAGAGCAAUGUGUCCUUCCAGGAGAGCUAGAGAAAGAAGAUUCUCUGGACCUUAGUUGCAUUACAAGUAUUGUAGGUGGAGGUGGUCAUACAUUGAUUGUUAAUAAGUAUGGACAAGUGUUUGCUUGUGGGUCAAACACUAUGGGACAAUUGGGACUUGAAAUGAACACAGAAAAUUUAGUAUUUGAGAGAAUAAAAUUACUUGAUACCUACCACAUUAUUCAAGUUGCUUGUGGUUGGAAUUCUAGCUUAGCAGUUACGAAGAAUGGAGAACUACUUGUUUGGGGGUCUAAUGCAUAUUGUCAAUUGGGACUACCAAAGAAAAAGACCCCUUUCACCAGUAUUCCAUUAAAAAUAGAAGUACCGUAUGUGAAGACUGUGGCAUCAGGCUUGCGGCAUUCAGCUAUACUUACAACAGAUGGCCUGGUCAUGGUGUGCGGUAAUGGGAAGAAUGGACAAUUAGGAUUGACAGAUAAUAAUGGAAUAUCAGUUGCUGAAGUAGAACAACCUCAGGAAAUUCCUGGAGUUACAGAUGUCUGUAGUAUAGCCUGUGGUCAGCAACACACAGUGGUGAUGACAUGCAGCAGGAGAAUUUUUGUAUGGGGAAAUAACAAACAUGGUCAGUUAGGUGUUGAUCCUAGCCUCCAUGCAGCCAUCUUCACACCCAAAGAAAUUUUUAUCCCACAGAGACCUGAUGCAGGAUGCAUACUCCUCUCUGGCUGGACACACACUGCUAUUCUAACAGUUGAUGGCAAAAUAAUUAACUGGGGAAGAAACACAUAUGGACAGCUUGGGUCUCAUGAAUAUCAGCGACCACUUUUUUGGAAACCUCAAGUAAUGGAUAAUGUAAAAAAUGUGAAACAGUUGGCAGUUGGUUCAGAACAUAACAUUGCAGUACUUGAUACAGGAAGAAUAGUUAGCUGGGGAUGGAAUGAACAUGGUAACUGUGGUACUGGAACAGAUGAAAAUGUGCAAGUUCCUACUUCAGUUGGAAUGGACAUCAAGCAGACAGCACUGAUUGUGGGAACUGGAGCAGGACACAGCUUUGCUUUAAUUUCUGAAUAGAUCUUAACGACAAGUAUAGUUAUAAGUGCUUUAAAAGUAAUCUCUCAUUCCUAUUGAUCAUGAAGUAUCCUACAUCAAUUCCUUCAAGGUAAAGAUCAAAUGAAAAUCAACACAGCUGAGUGUACUGUAUCAUAACACUAAAAGCACUGCCUCAGUAAUAUGUCACCUCUUAACGUUCAGCAUAAUUAUACACAAUUUCUGCACUUGCCAAUGAUUAAUUGGGCCCUUAUUGCUCCCAGUAAGAAUCACUUUAAAUUACUAAGGUGCAGUUUUAAAUAUAAUGUACGAAGGAAUGUCUUUUCAUAUCAAAAUAAAAGCAGUAAUUUCACUUCUCCUGAAUUCAGAUACUUAUAUUUUAAAGUGUCUGUACUGAAUUAAUAGAUGCAUUUAAUUAUAUUUUACAUAUGAUAGACUUUAGUUAUUAUUUAUGUAGAGUUGAUUCAUUGGCAAUUUGUUUUUCUGGGCUAAAAUUUACUUUUUAUACGUUCUGCUAUUAGAAAAUCAAUAGAUGUAUUUAAACAGUGUUUUAAAGCUUACUUUCAUGAUGUAAUACUGUUGCUUAGACAAGAUCUACAUAAUUCUUCUGUGCUCAAACCCCAUUCAUGAAAGGAUGGAGGAGAACUACGAAAUCAAUAUAACAAUAUUAAAUCAAAUGUCAGCUUUAAGGGCUGCAUUCUGGUGACAAAGUAUAUGUUGAAACAAAAAGAAACCGAAGUAGCUGUCUAGGAUACAAAGUCUAUUUUAAAGAAUUUCUCAGAGCUACAACAGCACUACACAGAUUCAAAUUAUUUAGUGCCAUUAUGAAGCUGAUUUUCAUGUUAAUAGCAUCCGAGUUUAAGAAGAAACGGACAUUCUACCUACUGUACAUUGUUAAUUGGGUCUAUUUUCAAGGCAAUACGAACAAGUACCUAAAAAAUUGUGUCCUCUGAUACAUUACAUAUAUGUUUUAUGGAUUUUUCAGGAAAUUAAGGAAACUUCUGAAGCAAAAUACAUUUUUAUUUAUGCAUUUUACAGAGUAACAUAAAGAAAAUAUUAUUUACCAGAAUAAUAAAUUUCUUUCGAUCCAUUUCAUACUUUUAUCCUGGUAAGUGAUUUGUUCUCCUUGCUUUGAUUGCUAAGUUUCUUUAACAUGGUUUCUCUUUAUUAUGUAACACCAGAUCCACUGGCUUAUGUCCACUCUCUAUAUAUAUACUGUUUGGAUAUUGUCAACCUGAGAUUUUGCAACCCUAUGACCUAAGGACUAAUGCAAAUAAAUUAUACUUUUGUACAUUACAUGAGAAACAGCAGGUUCUACUGUGCUUCUGGAAGUAUGCUACUUUGUGGCAUGAUUCAACUGUGAUAUAAAUGUUAAUCUUUACAGAACAUUUCCAUAAUAAGAAUGAUUGAGAUAUAACACAUGAAAAUUUAUAUGAUCAGUUCAAUAAAAUAUUUAUUCAUG